AUUCAUCGCUCGCUCGCUCGCUCGCUCGCCCCCAAUCGAUUGAUCGGUGGGCGGCAUUUUGGGGGUGAAUGCCCCGGUAGGGCUUGGCGAUGGCGCCCAGGAAGGGUGUGGCGGCGGCGGCGGCGGGGAAGCAGCAAGAUCAAGGGGCGCAUUUCCGUGGCGUGAGGAAGCGGCCAUGGGGCCGAUACGCGGCGGAGAUCAGAGAUCCAUGGAAGAAGGUGAGGGUAUGGCUGGGGACGUUCGAUACCGCGGAGGAGGCGGCGCGGGCCUACGACAAUGCGGCCCGGGCAUUGCGAGGCGCAAAGGCCAAGACCAAUUUCUCGACCAUGUCGCCAUCGCUCUACCCUGGCGGCGCUGGUGGCGGUGGCGGCGGCGGUGGCGGUGCUGGUAUGGGCGGCGGCGAUGAUCGCCAGAGCACCAGCCACAGCAGCACGGUGGAAUCUUACAACACGCCCACGCCAGUCGUCAAGAAGAACAAGGCGGCGGUAGUGGCGGCGGCGGCGGCGGCGGCGGUGGACACCAUGACAAUGACGAUUAACAACACGAGCAAUUGCUACACGAGUAGCUGCGGGAAUCAUCGGGCAGGGAUGGUGGAGAAUGGCGAUUUCACCAAGAACGUCAUCGCCAGCACCGUCAAGAACAGCAACAAGAGGGUGAGGAGGGUGCUGGAUUGGAUGCCCGCCACCGCCACCACCGCCGCCGCCGCCGCCGCCCCGCUGCUAGGCCCCCAGCACAGCGAUUGCGAUUCUUCUUCGUCGGUGGUGGACGAGGCUGAUACGAGCUCCUCUCCACGCCAGGAUCAGCAGCUCCACCACCACCAAUCUCUCUCGCUUUCCUCGUCCCGAGCACACGGUAUACUCUUUCCUCCUCUCCUCCUCUUAGAUCUCAAUCUUCCUCCGCCUCCAGAGGCGGUGCUGGAGUGACUGAUCUGGAUUGAUUGAGAGAUUGAGAGAAAAGAGAGAGAGAUAGCUCCUAUUUGUUUGUACAUUCUUUGUUCCGUUUUUUUUUUCUUGCUGGGCAACCGCCAUAGAUCUUCCAGCCAGCCAGCCACACACUCAAAGAUUUCAAAGCCACAGCCGCAAUUUGUUUAUACAAAGAAGAGGAGGAGGAGAAAAUCACAAAUCCAUCACCACAGCACCACAAGAACACCAUGAGAAAAAGUUUCUUCCAAGAACCAAGAGACUAUUUACUAACUAGGAGGUAGAGGCAUUUAGAGAGGAAGAGAGGGAGAGAGCUAUUCCUUUCUCCUUCUCAACUCGAGAGGAGAAAGAAACGAAAGAAGAGAAUUUCUAGCUUUUUGUUGUUGUAUUACUUCCACCAUUUAAUUGUUAUAGCGAUAAGUAUUUAGCAA